AUGGCACUUCUGAAGGAGGUCGAGGCACUCGCAGAGGCUGAUUCGAGACGUCUUCAGCCGGGUAACGUCGUCCCAGAAUAUCCUAACAGAGUGGCAGGUUAUGGCGCGUCUCGUAGAUGUAUAGACUUCGCUCCGAGAUAUCCACUCUCGUGUGAGCUGACUGAGGUGUCGAGGCGAUACGACGCCAACGCCGACAGACAGCUGCAAGCUGAUGUUUUCGUCCGGAUCCUGAACGUCGAAAUGAAAGAUCCGGGAAAGAAUCUCCACUGGGAGACCGUUUACAAGCCUGUCGUGAUACUGAUUUCGCUUGAUAUUCAGCUCGUAUCGUUGGGAGUAGAGCUGCUCGAUGAGCGCUACGGCCAUGUCUCAAAUUUUGGCGUCGAGCUCGUUCAGUUGGACGCAAGCUGGGCAUGGGGUACGAUGGGGGGUGAGGCACUCGGCACCAGACACGUCGAUUUCCUCGAUCUUCCCUGUGACGGCGCAGAUACGACAAAUUAA